AUGGCUUCUAACUGGGCUCGUGAUGAAGAUGCUGUGGAGGAGGAGGAAGACGAGAUCGAUGACACUGGCUACAAAUCCAGCAAAGAUGCGGUGCUCUUUGCGAUAGAAGUUAGCGAGUCAAUGCUUACUCCUCCUCCUGAAUCCAAGUCAAAGAGGGCGGAUAAGGAUGCACCAAUUACUGCAGCGUUAAAGAGUGCAUACCAUCUAAUGCAGCAGAGAAUCAUAUCUAGCCCCCAAGAUAUGAUGGGGGUUCUACUGUAUGGGACGAAGAGCUCGAAAUUCUAUGAUGAAGAUGAGGAGGGCAGAGGCACACUCCCUUAUCCUCAUUGCUACCUCUACACUGAUCUAGAUAUCCCCGCUGCCUCUGAUGUCAAGGAGUUGCGAGCCUUGGCCCACGACGAGGACAGCGCGUCAGAGAUAUUAGUUCCCUCAGAGGAUCCCGUAACAAUGGCCAAUGUACUGUUCUGCGCUAACCAGAUCUUUACCUCUAAAGCGGCUAAUUUCUCUUCUCGGCGGCUCUUCAUCAUUACGGACAAUGAUAACCCACAUAAAAAUGAAAAGGCUCUCAGAUCUGCAGCCACUGUGAGAGCGAAAGAUUUGUAUGACCUUGGAGUGAUUAUUGAGUUAUUCCCAAUCUCCAGACCGGGAGACGAGUUUGACCGUUCGAAAUUUUAUGAUGAUAUCAUCUAUAAAGCUUCCCCAACCGACCCGGAAGCCCCUGUGUUCUCACAAGCUGCAACCAAGUCUUCGACAUCGGGUGGAGAUGGCAUCACUCUUCUGAACUCUCUUAUUUCAUCAAUCAAUUCCAAAUCUGUCCCUCGGAGAGCGCUGUUUUCUAAUGCUCCCCUAGAGAUUGGACCAGAUUUCAAAAUCUCCGUCACUGGAUAUCUGAUAUUCAAGCGACAAGAACCAGCUCGAAGCUGUUACAUAUGGCUGGCUGGCGAACAACCUCAAAUUGCCAAAGGAAUUACUACCCAGCUGGCAGACGACAGUGCCCGUGAGGUAGAAAAAUGGGAGAUUCGUAAAGCCUAUAAGUUUGGAGGCGAACAGAUCUCAUUCACCCAGGAAGAGCAAGCAGAGCUUAGGAACUUUGGAGAGCCAAUUAUUCGGAUCAUUGGUUUUAAACCACUCUCCUCGCUGCCGAUCUGGGCAUCUAUGAAGCAUCCCACUUUCAUUUACCCAUCUGAAGAAGGGUAUGUCGGCUCAACACGUACAUUCUCUGCACUGCACCAGACGCUACUGAAGCAAAACAAAAUGGCUCUGGUAUGGUUUGUACCUCGACGAAAUGCAGCCCCUGUGAUGGCCGCAAUGAUUGCCGGGGAAGAAAAGCUCGACGAUAAUGAUAUACAAAUUAUCCCUCCUGGGAUGUGGAUUCUACCUCUUCCUUUUGCGGACGAUAUCAGACAAAAUCCAGAGUUAAACCACAUUUCCGCUCCUGACUCGCUUGUUGAUAAAAUGAGAACCAUCAUUCAGCAGCUUCAGCUUCCUAAAGGGCAAUUUGAUCCACACAGAUAUCCAAAUCCAUCGCUUCAAUGGCAUUACAGGAUUCUUCAGGCUUUGGCACUUGAUGAGGAUGUACCAGAACAGGCAGAAGACAAGACCAUACCAAAAUAUAAAGCCAUUGAUAAGCGAGCUGGUGAAUUGGUCAUCGAAUGGGGUGAAGAGCUGGAGUCUCAGUACCGUGCUCUGGAGAAGAGCCAGCCGGUAACAUCCACUCUCGUUAAAAGGCCAGCUCCAGGUGCGAAGGGAGUUAAAGAAGAGCCCGCUUCUAAGAGGGCGAAAACGGAAGAACAUGAGGAUAUCAAGGCUUACUAUGAGAAAGGAACACUGAACAAGCUCACGGUUGCCGUCUUGAAAGAUUUCCUGAUUGCACAUUCGCUUCCGGCAUCUGGCAAGAAAGCAGAUCUGGUCGAAAGAGUAGAGGAGCAUUUUGGGGGUUGA